AUGGAAAAAAGGCACGGAGUUGAUGAGAGCGGAACCGGAGUCCUGUCUUCAGACUCGUCCGCUAUUGUCGAAAUUGAACGAAAAGGACUUCCCAAUGGGGGCUUGAAGGCUUGGCUUCAAAUUUUGGGCGCAUUCUUUUUGUAUUUCAAUACCUGGGGUAUUGUUUCCAGCUUCGGGAGCUACCAGAGCUACUAUGAAGACGCAAUCCUCAAAGGAGCUAGCUCCUUCCAGAUUUCGAGCAUUGGCUCAAUACAAAGCUUUCUGAUGGUUUUCUUCGGCUUUAUUGCAGGACCUGUAUUUGACCGAGGCCACUUCGGCCAUCUUCUCAAGACUGGCUCAAUUUUGAUCCUGGUGGGAACGGUCAUGCAAGGGCUGUCCUUUGAAUAUUGGCACCUGCUUCUUUCUCAAGGCGUCUGUAUGGGAAUCGGGAUGGGGUGCUUAGCCGUCCCGAGUGUCGCUGUGCCGUCGUCUUGGUUUACCAGCAAGUUGCCAUUCGCAAAUGGCAUCGUUGUUAGCGCAAGUGGAUUCGGAGGAGUUGUCUAUCCGAUCAUGGUCCGUUCACUUAUUCCAGUCGUCGGCUUCAAGUAUACAAGCCUCAGCGUGGCUCUGGUCAUCUUCAUCACUUUGGGUAUAUCGAAUGUUGUGCUGCAGCAGCCGACGACGCCGCAAGCGAAACGCGCAUUCUUUGACCAGUCCGCUCUGACAGACACUCCAUACAUACUGCCGUAUCGGUACAAGGACUGGGAUGGCGUCGACAAUAUGCAGUAUCGGACUCUUGCUCGGUGCGCCUUCCGCUGGAGGCCUCUGGAGAACAUAUGGUUUCCCGGCUAG